UAAAGCAAGAGCUCACCACGACGGCGGCGGCACUGAGCCGUCGUGGAAUCUGGGUUAGUGGGAGCGUGCAUGCCUCCCUUUCCGUCGCUAUAAAUACUCGCCCAUCUCGUCGACUCAUCCACCACCGCCGUCGUCGUCGUCACCACGGCGGGCGUAUGCUUUGGAGCCCACACACCCACGAUCUCCCGUAGCUUCUUCCGUCUCUCUCUCUCUCUACGAGAUGGGGAGGAGGAUGGCGGCUGUCGUCUUCGCCGUCGUCGUCGUCCUCGUCGCCGGCGUCGUGCCGUCGUCACUGCGAGGAUGCAUUGCGCAGCAGAGCGGAGGAGGAGGGCUGACGAGGGGCAGCUUCCCCGAGGGGUUCGUCUUCGGCACCGCCUCCGCCGCGUACCAGUACGAGGGAGCUGUGAAGGAGGACGGGAGAGGGCAGACCAUCUGGGACACGUUCGCACACACCUUCGGAAAGAUUACCGACUUCAGCAACGCUGAUGUUGCAGUUGAUCAGUAUCAUCGUUUCGAGGAGGAUAUACAGCUCAUGGCAGACAUGGGGAUGGAUGCGUAUCGGUUCUCGAUAGCAUGGUCAAGAAUCUACCCAAAUGGUGUUGGUCAAGUCAAUCAGGCCGGCAUCGACCACUACAACAAGCUGAUCAAUGCACUGCUAGCAAAAGGGAUUCAGCCAUAUGUGACACUCUACCACUGGGACCUCCCCCAGGCCCUGGAAGACAAGUACACGGGAUGGCUUGACAGGCAGAUAGUGGAUGAUUUUGCAGCGUACGCGGAGACGUGCUUCAGGGAGUUCGGCGACAGGGUGAAGCGGUGGAUCACGCUGAACGAGCCGCACACGGUGGCCAUCCAGGGCUACGACGCCGGCCUCCAGGCCCCCGGCCGCUGCUCCGUGCUGCUCCACCUCUACUGCAAGGCCGGCAACUCCGGCACCGAGCCCUACACCGUUGCCCACCACCUCAUCCUCGCCCACGCCGCCGCCGCCGACGUCUACCGGAGGAAGUACAAGGCGACGCAGAACGGGCAGCUUGGGAUUGCGUUCGACGUGAUGUGGUUCGAGCCGAUGUCCAACACCACGCUCGACAUCGAGGCGGCCAAGAGAGCGCAGGAGUUUCAGCUCGGAUGGUUUGCUGAUCCGUUCUUCUUCGGCGACUACCCGGCGACGAUGAGGGCGAGGGUGGCGGAGAGGCUGCCGAGGUUCACGGCGGACGAGGCCGCGCUCGUGCAGGGGGCGCUGGAUUUCGUCGGCAUAAACCACUACACCACCUAUUACACGAGGCACAACAACACCAACAUCAUCGGCCGGUUGCUCAACGACACCUUGGCAGACACCGGCACCGUCAGCCUCCCAUUCAAGAACGGGAAGCCGAUUGGAGAUAGGGCAAAUUCGAUAUGGCUGUACAUUGUGCCCAGAGGGAUGAGGAGCCUGAUGAACUACGUCAAGGAAAGGUACAACAGCCCACCAGUCUACAUCACCGAAAACGGGAUGGAUGACAGCAACAACCCUUUCAUUUCCAUCAAGGACGCCCUCAAGGACAGCAAGAGGAUCAAAUACCACAAUGACUACCUCACCAAUCUAGCUGCUUCCAUCAAGGAGGACGGGUGCGACGUGCGUGGGUACUUCGCGUGGUCUCUGCUGGACAACUGGGAAUGGGCGGCCGGAUUCUCCUCGAGAUUCGGGCUCUACUUCGUCGACUACAAGGACAACCUCAAGAGAUACCCCAAGAACUCGGUGCAGUGGUUCAAGGCUCUGUUGACCUCCACAUAAGAAAGUGCAUUACCUCAUCAUGACGUGUGUGCAUGUGUGUACACACACAGACACAGAGAGAGACCCAUACGUCUGGUAUAUAUAUCUCCGAAUGUUUAUGUUUGUGGUUUUUUUUUGUUUGUGGUACGAUAGAAUCGUGUGCUAGCACACUACGAGUAGAGGGAAAAGGGAUACUGGAGAUGUGUAGUGGUAGACAAGAGCCUUGCCACCUUCAGAUUGGAUUACAACCUUGGAAAUUCUUUGGAGUUUAUUGCCGUACGUUGUGCUGUUGGCUGUUGAUA